AUGGACGUGAUGAAGGACUUCGUUCGAAACUACCAAGAGCACCUCGAUAAGGGAUCUUUGGCAGCACGAAUUCAGAAACUGGAUGAAAUCUACGAUUUAUUCUGUGAAUCAGGAAUGCGCAUCGACCUGAUAUUGGAGGAUACAGAUUUUGACGAAGAUUUCGUGGAUCCUGAUGAAUCUGAAGAAGAUCAUGCUGUUAGGACGGCGAGAACGAAGGCAAAGAAGGUGAAAGAGAAUGAAAAGGUUCUGAAAGACUUCAUCAAUGAGUACUUCGCAAUAAAGCAAUCGAUGCAAGGUCUAAUGAUUCCCUCCGGAUCGAGUUCCAGUGUGGUGCCUGUCGAAUCAACCAACCAGCAGGGCUCUUCUCUAUCAAUGAUGCGUGUAAAACUCCCAGAGCUGAAGCUUCCUACAUUCGGUGGACACUUGAGAGAUUGGAUCACCUUCAGGGACACCUUUAAGUAUCUGCUUUCAGACAACGCACAGCUCACUGAGAUUGACAAAUUCACCUACCUUCGCACGUCUUUGUCAGGAAAAGCUCUGCAAGAAAUUGGAUCGAUAGAACUGUCAGCGGCGAACUAUUCGAUAGCUUGA